GGCGAGAUCAGUUUAAGCGAGACUGUCGAGUGGAAAAGUUAACAAGCGCGGAUAAAACGAGCCAAACACUACAGCGACGAAUCGUUGUUGGAAACGUGAAAAGUAAAAAAAAUUGUUACUGAACAACAAGUGUUGACUGAGAUUUAAUUCUAGUGAAUAUUGUUGGUGUCUAAUAAAGUGCAAAUUAAUUUUCAGCCGAAACUAUUUUUUUCGUGUGCGACAACAUUCAAAAUCAAACGGUAGCGGUAAUUGCAAGCGACAGCAAGUGGGCAGCGCUUCUUGCAAUAGUGAAAAAAAAAAAUAUUUUUAAAUACAAAAAGCAAAAAACGAUAACAUAAAAUAAAAUUUCGCAAGUGAAGGGCCGCACAAGUGUGGAGUGUAAAUUCUAGCAGAUUUCCAGCCAGCAAAGGCACAGUGAAAGCAAACCUCUUUGUAAACAAAAGACUUAAGCGCCGAACGCGAUGGCCACACAAGCGCACACAACGCCGAAGAUGAGCGCGGCAAGGAGCCAGCUGCUCGCGGCCUUGCUAAUAUUCGCCAGUCUGCUGGUCAGCCAGGUGGCAACACAAGAAGUAUCGACACAAAAUGAAUUUGCGCCACGCGUAACGGCGACAUGCAAAUCGGGCACAAUGAAUAUCAAAGUGAAAUUCAACGGUCCCUACACGGGUGCAGUACAUGCGCGCGAUCAUCGCAAUGCGGCCUGCAUGGCCAUGGGCGACGGCUCCGAUGCGGUGGGCUUCAGCAUAAAUCUGUUGGCGAAGCAGGGUGCGCCCGAUUACUGCGGCGUGCUGGUCAGCAACGUGAGUGGUGCCAAUCGUACCGAGGAGCGUUCGAUACAGCUGGCGGUGCGUGUACACAAAACGCUGGAAUUGGCGGAUGAUAAAUUUUAUGUGAUCACAUGCGGCAAAUCUGGUUUUGGACGCGAUGAUAACUCUCAUGUCAUUUUGAAGUUCUUCGACAAUGAGCGCCGCGUACGCGAAACGGUUUAUGGACACGAGUAUAAAAUACGCGCAGAAUUAACGAAGCCAAAUGGCACCUAUGGCGUACGCGUGGCCAACUGCUUUGCGUUUGACAAGAAGAAUGUUACCAUUCAGUUGAUCGAUGAGAGAGGCUGCCCGAAGGAUGAUAACAUCAUUUCCCGUUUCGUGCCAAGCGCGGAUGGACACAGCGCUGAAGCAACACUCAAGUCCAUGUUCAAGUUCCCAGAAGACUCUGAGGUACACUUGCAGUGCGAUGUGAUUCAAUGUUAUGGACGUUGCAUGGAUGAUGAAGAUUGCAAACAAAUCGCUUUGGCUGGUGCGGGUGCGGGUGCGGGUGCGGUUGGUUUUAGCAAAGGUGGCAACGCUAAAUUGGGUCCAAAUGAAGAGGGUUCCUUAGCGGGCACCACUGUGUUUGUGCUGGAUCCUUCGCAGGCGCCAUUGGUCACCAGCACAUGUGAGGACACCAUCAACCCACCAUGGCUGCUCUGGUUGGCCAUUACUCUCGGCGUACUCUUCCUCAUCAUGUUGUUGAUGAACAUUUUCCUUUGCACCGCAAUGAGUUGUAGUUGUGCGAACACCGAGAUCAUCGAAAAAGAACCAUCUAUCAUUGAAGAAUACGAUCCGUACAGAAGUUGGCACGGUAGCCAGUAUGGAUCGCGUUACUCACUGCAUGGGCGUGAUGCGCAUAAAGGCUACACAAGCGGUGGCUCGACGAUACACUCGAAUAGGUCGAUUCCCAUUGAUAACGACAAUUACGCAAUUGUACAUUCACGUCCCGGCUCUAGACAAACCGGACACGCGCAAGGACACCGCUCCCGCGGACCACCCAGUAAUAUGUAACACAAAUAAUGAAAAUAAUAAUUAUUAUAAUGCUAAUAACACUUACUAUUAAGUACAAUUCUAAGAUUGUUUGUUGGAAAGUAAAAUUAAUUACUUAAAAAAAUCAAAGAAAAUUGUAAAUAAGCUAGUUUCAGCGCUCUAACCUCAAAAUCUACACACGGUCUCAUUUUGGCCUUGAACGCUUUACGAUAUUAACGAGUGCACUCAAGCUUUGCUGAGCGGCAAUGCUCUCAAAGUUUUGAGUGCGAAUUAAUUUUCAUCCAAAAGCAAUUAAAAGCAAACUAAAAACCGUUACUUCUCCAUAUUAGUAAUAAAUAUUCGAAAUUCAAACUUUUGCACUGCACUAUAACUUCUAUGUCCUCGAAAAAAACUCAGAAAAAAAAAACAAAAAACUCAAAUCUGUCUCAAUAUGCGCUACUGUAUUAUACUUGCGUCUUUUUGCUACUUCUACUUAUAUAUAACCCUACAUAAGUUAAGUUAAGUACGAAAUUUAUCAAUAUUAACCCAGUGUAUUAUUUUUUCCUUAAAUAACGAAAGAUAAAAUUAAGUCAUUAGUUAAAUAAGCGCGAACUAUAAAUUCUCAAAAAGCGAUUGGCAUUAAGACAAAUUUUGCAAAAUGUUAAAAAAAAAUUUGAAAUAAAAUAUACAAAAAUUUGCAUGCCUUAUAAAUAUAUGCCUAAUAUAAUCUAUAUUUAAUAAAAAUAAUAAUUUACAAAAAUAUUUUAUACAAACCUUGUUGACGAAAAGAGUGUAUGUAAUUAUGUACGUAAAUAUGUAUGUAUUAAAAUAAAUUAAUCAAAAAUAAAAUAUAAACUAAUUGGAAA